AUGGCACAAUCAAUGAUGAGAAAGAUUGCCAUGGGCAACAUGUUUGUUCUGGUCGGAUUGACGAGAAGAACUAGUUCACGAAGCCUGGUCACGGGCAAGAGCUUGACCAGCAAGAAGGUUCGAAAUGAAUUGCCGCCGGAGGGGGAGGUCACAAAAUCGGUGUUCAUGUCUCAAUCGACAGACAUCUAUACCAAUUUAGCACUGGAAGAUUGGAUGUACCGUAACAUGGACUUCAGUAACCACCAUGUGAUGAUGGUGUGGCGUAACGAGCCAUGCGUAGUUAUUGGCAAACACCAGAAUCCUUGGCUUGAGGCCAAUGUACCGUUCCUGGCUGAGAAAGAGAUAGCAUUGGCUCGACGUAACAGUGGUGGAGGCACUGUGUAUCACGACCGUGGCAACCUUAACAUUAGCUUCUUCACUCCUGUAGAGAGACAUGAUAGAAAGUACAAUUUGGAGCUCAUCAAGAGAGCACUGUACAGGGGAUUUGGAAUCAAAUCUUUCAUCAAUGAUCGCCAUGAUAUCAUUGUACAAGACAAAUAUAAAAUCUCUGGAACAGCUGCUAGAUUAUCACGUUUGGUUGCAUAUCACCACUGCACUCUUCUAGUCAAUGCCAACAAGGCAGAUCUCAGCAAGGCACUCGCCAAAAGAGAGCAUGGCAUACUGCAGACGACCGCGACGCCGUCGACGCCCUCGCCGGUGCGGAACCUGGCGGAUGUGGACAACAAGGUGACCGUGGAGGCUUUGCAAACGGCCAUCGGGUACGAGUACCUGAGGACGACGGCUCUGCGCCUGGUUGACGGCGGCGAACGGCAGAUCCUGAAACAGAGAGGCUUCCAAUUCGUAAACCCCACUGAUGACUGGUUCCCUGGUCUUUCGGAGUUAAAGAAUGACUUAGAAUCAUGGGACUGGACGUACGGUCGAACGCCUAUGUUCACUGUGAGUCGAUCGUUCCCGGUGCCCGCGGAACUCCUCGCUCCGUCCAGAGUGUACUCCGCUACCCAGGAGUUGGUCAUCACUAUGACAGUGGAAAAGGGCCUUAUCGAUGACGUCACACUGAACAUUCCUCCCGGCUUAGUGGAAUCCGGUUUCCACGGCGAGGCGUCGGUUAUAACUCAUCUCAAAGGAAAGAGGUUCACUUCGGAAGCCCUCUCGGCUCUCGAGGACGCGAUGCUAACACGUCGUUCUACUAGAGACGUGAAAAAGUUGGACGACAAAGAGCAGUUUGUCGCCAAAUGCUUCGAUCAAGUCGUUAAUACUAUCUAGUUUGUUUUAUAUAGACCAUCCAUUAAUUAAGUCGCAUCAUCAGGCGAAGAAAUGGUCCACUAAGUUCUGUGACAAACAUAUUUUUGUCGAUUAUGUAGUUCAAACGAGAUUUAUAAUCGGUAUUUUCUGUAUUAGAGAACUUCAGCUUGGGCCACAACUAAUGAAUGAGAGCGAAUACAAAUAAAACGAUAA